UUCGCAAACUCGCGUUAGAUCGAUUAUAUCUAUGUAGCCCUGUUUACGUUUAUUGUGAGUGGCAUUGGUGCCACAUACACUUACACACGCAAGCAUAAUAUAUUAUUUGUGUUAAAACUCAUUGCAAAAAGAGAAGUGUAGCAACUGUAUUUCAAUUAGUGUUUGCAAUCAGUAUUUGCAAACAAUUGCAGUAACUCAUAGAUGGAGCGCCAAGCGUACAAAACGCACAAACGCAUGAAAUUCUAAUAGGACAUAGCGUCAGUGCAAGCAAAAGGCACUGGCAAAAAAUUUUUUUUUCUUUGGAGGAUAUGACGACGCGGACACGUCAGGAUGAGCGCAUUUGCUCGAGUGGUAUUGUCGAGGAUGAGGCUUUUGCUGCCGCCUAUCACAAUUUGCCACCACACAGUCCGGAGUUUGCCAAUUUUUUGGCACACCAGCAACAUCAGCAGCAGCAACAACAGCAGCAACAGCAUCAGCAGCACCAUCAACAACAUUUGUUGCAUCAACAUCAGCAACAGCAGCAGGGGCAGGGGCCAUUAAUGUGGCCACCGCAUAUGGGUGUCCAAUUUCCACAGCACCAUCCGCACGCCCCACCGCCUCCACCCCAUCAUCAUCAUCAGCCACCACAACCGCAGCCAGCUCCUUCUCCUCACGUCUACAAUGAAUAUUUAUACAAUCUAGCGUACUCCGGACCACCAGGUCAAACCGAAACGUAUUCUGUGCUGCCUGUAGGCCAUGGAAAUUUCCUGAAGGUGUAUCACUGUCCAGAGAAUGCCGUCAAUGAUGUUUACGCUCAGCAUGCGGCAGCGGCUGCAGCAGCUAACUACUCGCAUAUCAAUAUUACACCAGCGAACCAGCAUCAUCAGGCAGCUGCAUCAGCUGGGCAGAAUCAGGCACAGCCACAGCCAUCGACAGCACAGCAAACGCCUCUGUAUGAACUGUUUGCCACCAAUCCGUUGCUGCCGAAGCCAGAGAUGAAUAUUAUAAACCAACAGCAGCAACAACAGCAGCAACAGCAACAACAACAACAACAACAGCAGCAGCAGCAAACACCUUCACAGUUCCAUCAGGUUGAUGAUAUCCCCACUGGCGUCACUUCUGCUGUGGCAAGCAGCAAUAGCGCCAAUUUGUUUAUAAAUAACCUUGUAAAUAACUGGUCGCCCAAUUUAACGGGCAGUAGUUAUAUACAGUUCGGCGCUGAAGCGCCUGAAACGAACGCGUAUGUGGAAGCAACGCCGACGGCAGCGACAGCACCUCAACAGCCGCCGUCGCCCGUUAAAUUGCAGCAGUCACAAGUGCAGUCGCCGCCGCCACUAGUUGAGUAUCAUGUCAAUAGCGUGGAGGUACAACCGGCUAACUUAGGCGCCAAAGAUGUCAAACUAAAUGAAGCAUUAGCAGCUACAACAACAACAAGUGCCGCAGAAACAACUGCAGCAGCAGCAACCACAACCACUGCCCUAAAGAAGCCACCGAUUGUGGUGUCUGGUCCGACCGAAGGCAAGAAGCGCAUUGUGGCCGAGGUGAAGCCCAUGCCCAUGUCCUACUCCGAUGUCUUGAGCAAGGGCAGCACACUGCGUGGCACCGCGGCAACAAUGCUCGCCAGCAACAAUGCGGUCAACGAGCCGCGCUCGGUCAAUAAUUUGGAGAAUGGCCAUCCAACACAGCGACGAUCAGGCAAGGAGGAUAACAAUGGCAACGGAAAUAGGGAGAUGCGCAAUAAUGCCAAGCGUUCGCCGCUGCACGAAAUCAAGGAUGGGCAAUCUGGCAAUGCAACAGGACAUCGCAGCAAGAAGCGCCAGCAGUCGAAUCAAGGAGCACAGCCAAAAGCGCCAUUGCAGCAGCAACAGCAACAACCACAGCCGCAGCAGCAGCAACAGCAGCCCCAGCCCCAGCCCCAGCAGCAACAACAACAGCUGCCGCCAACACUUAAAUCUGGUAAAGCCAAUGCGGAAAAGAAGCGUUCUGCCCAAGCGAAAUUUGUAAACAACACGAAUAGCAUGAACAAUCUGAAUGGAUUCGCUGCCAAAACGAAUGACAACAAGGCAAACAGCAAUAGCAGCAGCAACGGCAACGGCAGCAGCAGCACCAACAUGGCUACCAGCAACAACAGCAGUGCACCCAGCAGCAGUAGCAGCAGCAGCAACAGCAGCAGCGGCAAUAAUAACUAUUCAAGCCGCAAGUCAAACAAUGGCGGCAACAACAAUCGCAGCAACAGCAACUCGCAUGCAAAUUACUCGAAUGGCAAUUCGAAUAAUUCCAAUGGCAACAACAGCAACAGCCACCACAACAUGAGCAGCAACAGCAAUAACAAUGGAAAUUCCUCGUCGUCGUCGAAGCGCUAUGCGGGCUCCUCGAAUGCGAAUUUAAGCUCCAACUCUGGCUCGUAUUCGUACUCCUCGAAGCGCAAUCGAAGCGGUGGAUAUGGCUCAUCCAAUUCGCCAGCUCAUGCGAGCGCCUCGAAUCGCAACUAUGAGCUGGCCAAACGCAUUCUGCACACCUGGUGGAUUUAUACGCUCAAGCUGAUCACCUGGCUGUUCUAUUUGGUCUAUGACAUUGUUGUGCUCGGCUGCAGCAUGGCAUAUGAGCGCCUUACCACAGCGUAUUUGGCUGGCGUCGCUUAUGCACGCCAGCUGCACAAGGAACUGAAGCAGAAUUCGGGAAAGCCGAGCAUCUGGUGGCGCAACUAUUGGCGUCGCUUCGAUGCGCGCUUCAAGAAGAACUCUCGUUGGGCAUUUUGGCGACGCUUCUACAAGCGAAAGCCGCCGGAGGCUAAUGCAGAAGCAUUCAAAACGGGUCGACUGCCGCAGACGGGUGAAGAGGCCAUGUACUCGCUGUUGAACUGCAAGGGAAAGGAUGCCUAUAGCAUAUUGGGCGUGCCGCCGGACAGUCCACAGGAGCAGAUACGAAAACACUAUAAGAAAAUUGCCGUUCUGGUGCAUCCGGAUAAAAACAAGCAAGCGGGCGCCGAGGAGGCGUUCAAGGUGCUGCAGCGUGCAUUCGAAUUGAUUGGUGAACCGGAAAAUCGUCUUGCCUAUGACCAAAGCAUUGCCGAGGCCUUGCACGCGGAAAAGGCGUGGACGGAGCUGCACGACUUGCUAUCGCAACUGCAAACCAAAAUGACCGAGGCAGCCAAUACUAUAAGAUGUAGCACCUGUGCGCAACGUCAUCCUCGCAAGCUAACUGAACGUCCUCAUUAUGCAGCGCGUGAAUGCGCUUCCUGUAAGAUACGCCAUUCGGCAAAGGAUGGCGACAUUUGGGCGGAGACAAGCAUGCUGGGUUUGCGCUGGAAAUAUUUGGCGUUGAUGGAUGGCAAAGUUUACGACAUAACCGAAUGGGCCAACUGUCAGAAGGGCGCGUUGUCGCAUCUGGAGCCCAAUUCUCAUAUGGUACAGUAUCGCAUUGUGCGCGGCGCUCAACAGCAACAGCAGCAACAGCAACAGCAGCAGCAACAACAGCACCAUCAUCAGCAGCAGCAGCAACAUUCACACCAACAGCAAACGCAAUCACAUGCGCAUCAUCCUGGCGGACCAGCCAGUGGUGUCAGUGAGGCUACGCUGCACGAGUUCUUGGACAAUUUGUAUAGCGGUCAGCAUCCGGGUGCCCCCAAUGCCACGCCUUUCGCUGGCAAUUCACGCCGUCGCACGCGUCGCAACUAAAGUUAGCUAUGCGUGGCAUAGACUUAAGUGUUUUUAAAAUCUCCAAUCUACAGUUCUUAUAAGCAUUGCGCCGUUGGCUGCCCACUCACAUAGAUAAACUCUAAUAGGCCAACAUCAGCGCAACCAUCUCCCAAAUUAGCACACACACACACACAUACAUACGAAUAUACCACAAUUGAAACAGAUUAAGUUCUAUGAUAACUCCACUCUACUCGACAUAAGUACAAUGACUACCAAUUGCUAAUUAUGUAUGAUUUACUAUACUUGUGAAUGUUUGUGUUAAUAAUGGUCUUGCAUAAGUCUAAGGGUAUUACGAUUGCCCAUCACUUAAGUAGUUGACGUCUGUGUUCUACAUUUUACUUUCUGCCUACCGCAUAUGGACAGCUUAACACGCUUAGCUCGUAGCAAAAACAAGCCUAAGUCUAAGUUAAAAUUCUAGAUUGUAAACGGUUUGUACGCCACGCCAUGGCGUAUAAGCCGACAAAUAUAUAUGUAAAAUCUAA